AUGGCUACAUCGGCUCUGAAACAUGUGAAAAGCUCCUCUAGGCAGGGUACCGGGUGCGGGGCACGGUUCGAGACGUCGAAAAGUGUCAAGGUUAGAUACCCAAAGAUUUCGGCAAGAAAUAGCCCGGAAGAUUCGAACUUGUCUGGGUCAGAGACUUCGCAGCUGAAGGAGCGAGCGGCGGGGUUGAUUUACGUUUCAACUGCUAUAAUCUUCUGCCCAGAACCGGAAAAGGCAGUGGACCCCGUGGAGCGAGGAACUAUCAACACACUUGAAGCUGCAUCUCGAGCUGGGGUGCAGCGUCAUGUAUUGAGCUCUAGCUCUAAGGCUGUCGAGGCGACCGUCUAUGACCAACCGCACAAGAUAACGGUCGACACAUUCAACUACGAGGGUCUGCGGAACGCAGGUGAAGGGCAUACUGUGGAGUCACUUGACAGCUCAUGGAGCGUGUAUAGCGCUAGUAGAGCUGCUGUAGAGCUCACAUUCUAG